CUGACCGCGAUCUGUUGCUGGGACUACUCUGGGCACAGGAAUAAGGGGAGGAAAUAAAAGAAGACAUCCAGGAGAUAGGAAGAGGAAGAAAGAAAGGAAGGAGAGGGAGAGAGGAGGGAAGGAGAAGAAGAAGGCGGUGACUGGGGAUCAAGUAGAGGAGUGACCCCCCAGGACAGAGAGAGAGAGAGAGAGAGAGAGAGAGAAUACUACUCAGCCAGGAGGCCGGCCCAUCACCUCUACACUUUGGGUCAGGGAGCGGCUGAGGGCAACAGGUGCAAUUGUGGACGGGCAAAGAGGAAAUCGAAAAAGAAAAGGAAGGCAAACACAACAACAGGCACUGCAGCACUGAGGAGUUUCUGGCAGGAGAUUUGGCAGGUUGCUUUGUUUUGUUUGGUUGCCGAGAGAAACGGAAUUCGGAACUUCCCGGUUGCCAGUCACCGCUGCUACUGCUGCUGCUGUUGCUGCUGCUGUUGUUGUCACUUCCACUGCUGCUGAUGGACUGAUGCUGAGGCUCCUUUGUGCGGCAGUGCUGCAGGAUCCACCACUGUGCCAGACGGGAGAUAGAUAGAAGCAGCCUCAGCCUCACACGCUUUCCCUCCAUAUACCAACCCCAUCUUCCACCCAGCCGCCUUCCUCCCCCCCAUCACCCACUCCUAUACCCACCGCUGCUUCACUCGCAACAGAGCGUGCUCAGUGAGGUGUAGCUCGCAGCGCCUCCGCACAUCACAUCUGCACGUUCCCUCAACUCGCCCCUCUUUCCUUCUAUCUUACAAGCUCCCCCUGACACCGCGGAUAUUAGGCCUGCCAAUCUGCGCAGCACGCACAGGACGACUACAGGGCUUUCAAUUUGUGUACGCCUGCGUGAGACUGUGACUGAGGCGGCAUAAGCUUCUGUUAGUAGUGUAUAUAUAUGAGAGAGUCUUUGUGUGUGUGUGUGUGUGAGAGAGAAUUUUUGUGUGAGUGUGUGUGUGUGUGUGUGUGUGCUGGGCCUGGAUAGUGCUCCGCGGAGCGAAUAGACGUGAAGCAGAGCGAGGCAGGAGGGUAGUGAGAUACGAGAUGUGAUGGGCAAGUUGGCGCAGCGGGCUCAGCAAGGGAUCAGGACGUGACAUGGCAAAGCUUCUGCUGCUCACCGGCAUACCCCGUCACCACCACCACCACCACCACCACUACCACCACCACCAACACCCCGAGGCUUUACUUGCCACCGUGCCCAGAUAACGGCCCUGCGGUUAUUCCCGUUGAUUUCGCCCGCUAUAUAGCCUACCGGCUCAGCCCAGCGCGGCAGCCAGAUUGUGCAUGUUGGGGACAUCUGCCGUGCUAUUAUCUGGUGAUAAUCCACACCAGAACGUGAUGUGACAACAACAAGGGGAUUACGGUGUUGAAUUUGAGGCGCGAUCCGUUCAAAACAUCUGCUAUGCUAUUACCUGGUAAUAAUAUGGGAUAGCCUUCAGUUGGUAUUGCAGCAGCGAAGAUUCGGGUGUUGUGUGGCAUAAUCUGUUCAGAUGUGUUUUUGUGUUAUAACGAAGUACUAAGCAUCAUCUGAACGAGUCAUAACCACAGUGGAUUAAGAACCUGCAAGGCAUAAGUCAGGUGUGUUAUUACCUGGUAAAAAUUGAUAUCUCAUUAUCUCGUGUUAUAGCAAAUUGGAUGAGAGGAUUUUAGCUACUGCAUGUCUGGAACUAUGCCAGGAUCCAAAAGCUUGGCUUCUACCCUGGAGUGAGGAAGGCACAUUAGCCGUGCAAACCUUUUGUGCCUCGUCUUAAUGUACCAUUAAAAAGAGUUCAGCAGCUUGCUUCACUAUUUACUGCUGCGCUGAUAAAUUCUCUAUUAUUACGACGCAGUGCCUCGUGAACCGCACACUGUGAACUCCAGUCGAGGACGGCACAGUACGUUUUCCUUGCACGUAGAAUUGCGGGUCAUCAUAUGUCUUUUUUUUUUACUUCCUUGUGCAGGGAGAGAAAGAGAGAAGGCAUUAGAAAUCAUUUCACUGCAAUCUAAAAACUCUCUGUUGAGAUUGCUGCCGGGGGUGACUGCCAGGGAGUAUUUUUUCCUUCUGCAUUAGUUUUUUUUUUUAUUACACAGGCACGUAGUGUCACCGUGGUAACGUGAUUGCACUUGCUCUUCCUCUCUUCCAAGAGAUUGCGGCUUUGACCCACUGUGGUCACCUCGGGUGGCAAAUCGUCCACAUUUUCGGCAAAUUGUUUUGCGCGGUGGCCGUGUCCAUUUCCGAAGACGGCGGUGGGGGGUUAACACAGUAACACAGUGUUCAUUCAGCCUCUGGUACUCUGCACAUAAGGGCAGUUUGGGUGGGAAUGGAAGUCGUGCAACGUUCUGGAUAUCAGAGCAAGGGUUGAAGGUUCAGAGAAAGGGGGAGAGCAGGCCGUUUAAGACACAGUAGGGCUGCCGGAUUUUUUAUUAUUAAUUUAUUAAUUUAUUUCUCAAUUUUUAUUUCUACUGCAAGGACACUUCAAGCCAAACAAAGUUGCCUUAGCCGGACUUUUGGGGUAGUCAAAUUUAUCAUUUUUUUUAUUUGUGCUGCAAGGAGACUUCAAGCCAAACACACAGUUUUGUUACCCCGGACUUUUGGAUAGUCAGAAAGAGUGGUGCAGUCCUUCGUUCAGGCGGGUGUGCAGCCGGGCAGGCAGGCGGGCAGGCGGGUAGUCAUCGAGCCUUGCGGGCACAGAGGAGUCAUUGAUCGGCAAGCGAGCAGAGACUCAAUACACAAUGAGGCCGAGUCGGCGAUCUCGGCCCCCUCCCCAGGCCCAGCACACUGGCCUCCUCCACCUCCUCCUCUUCCUCCUCCCCCCUCCACAUCUACAGAGCCUCCUCCUCCACCUCCUCAGCCUCCCCACUAGACAGAGGCACAGCUCCACUCUCUCCCUCUGCCUCGGCGCACUGCUGCUCUUCAGCUUCGUGUCGCGAGGCCAGGCAGUGGAGGCUGAGAAUGUGACGGUGCAGGAGGGCGGGACGGCCCAGAUCUCCUGCCGCCUGCAGAACUACGACGGCUCCAUCGUGGUCAUCCAGAACCCGCGCCGGCAAACGCUCUUCUUCAACGGCACGAGAGCCCUGAAGGAUGACCGCUUCCAGAUGCUGCUCUUCUCGCCGCGGCUGGUGCGCAUCACCCUGACCAACGUCAGCGUGUCGGACGAGGGCGGCUACUUCUGCCAGCUCUACACCGACGACACGCACCACCAGGUGGCCACGCUGUCCGUGGUGGUGCCCCCGGACACGCCCAGCAUCGAGGUCAACACCGAGGCCGUGGAGGGCGGCGAGGCCAAGCUCACCUGCCUGUCUCCCCGCAGCAAGCCCCCCGCCUCCCUGCGCUGGAUGAGGAACGGCCGGGAGAUCCCAGGUGUGCUGACGCAGCAGGAGAACGGCAAGACGGUGAGCGUGGCCAACACCAUCACGGUGCCCGUCAAGCGCCAGGACAACGGGGCGGCUCUGAGCUGCGAGGCCGCGCACCCGGCGCUCGGCAACCAGCGCAAGGUCCGCCACUAUCGCCUGGACGUCCACUUUGCCCCUGCUGUUAAAAUCACCCCGCCACAGGGAAUCCUGCGAGAGGGAGACUCCCUCACCCUCACCUGCGCCGUCACUGGAAACCCACUACCCAGGAACAUCCAGUGGUCGAAGGUGAAUGACACCACCUUGCCGGAGCGGGCGGAGAUCUCAGGCACCACCCUGGUGAUGACGCGUCUCAGCCAGGCCCACAACGGCACCUACCUCUGCCAGGCGCACAACAACUACGGCCGCGCCGCUGACGACUACACCCUGCGGGUCUACGAGAACAUAACUGUCACCCCCACCUCCAUCCCUGACACCUCCACCCCAACAUCCCCUCACAGCAGCCUCGCACCGGACCCAAAAGAUCCCGGGGCGGUGGUGGAGACGGGCAGUGCGGUGCCGUAUGCGGUGAUCGGCGGCGUCCUGGCCCUGCUGGUCUUCACCGUCAUCUGCGUCCUCAUCGUCACCAUCUGGUGCUCCGUGCGGCAGAAAGGCUCCUAUCUGACCCAUGAGGCCAGUGGUCUGGAUGAGCACGGGGAGGUGCAGGAGGCUUUCCUCAACGGCAACGACACAAGGGACGGCACCAAGAAGGAAUAUCUACUGUAGUGGGGCCCACCUCCAUACUCUAACACACACACACACGCACACACGCA